AUGAAGGCCCGCAUCGUGUACCACGGUGAGCAUGCUCCCAGGAGGGCGGGCCUCGACGCGGCCAUCAAAGACGACGAGGUCGUGCAGCACGAGAAGCUGUCUCUCGUGAGCUUCCGCAUCACAGUUGUGCAGGAGCUGACGGACGAGACGCUCUACCACCAGAUCUACAACCAGCCCCAGGCCUUGCCGACGGUGGUGCUGGGAGACGUGGCAGCGGCGCAGAUUGUACGCACACGGGGAGCUAUUGCAUAUGAGGCUGAGACAACUUGUGUGGUUACGGUCCCCAAGAGUUUCGAGCUGAAGAUGAGUGAGAUCAUACCGCCAUUGGGCUGUUUUAUUAUGAAGCAAGCAUCGACGACGACCCCAAAGUGGUUUACACAAAAAGGGGAGGAGACGCCGAAGGAUUAUCUCAAGAGAGUUUGUUGGUUAUUGAAAGAGCAGCGGGACUUGUUGGUGUACCGUCCAUAUGGUCGGGCUAAGCUCGGCGCGACUACGCAGAUCAAUGCUCCUGGUAUGCUCGAGCUCACGAAGUACUACAUCAAGCAUGCUCUCCCGACCUGGACUACUCCGCAGCAUGUGGCGGAUUGGGCUUCGGAGAGAGGGUUCCUUCGAGUGCAGGAGCCGACCAGAGCUGGGCCGCGGGCCUGGCUAUUCUAUGCUGACCCGCCGCAGGGUGUGGUGGCGACGAGUUUUGCUUUCAAGAGUGGCGUGCUGGUGACCAAGGCUGUGAGACCUCAAGCGCCAGUACGACAGAAGCCGAAGGAGGGUCCAGCGCCUACGACGCGGAAUGCGUGGGGAGCGGCGAAGCCGAGGAUCCAGAACAUCGACGACGAGACAGUGGACCAGGCAGCAUCGACAGCCGCGCCGACGGCAGCAUCGACAGCUACGCCGACCACUGGAGCUGCGGAGGCAGCCAAGACGAAGGAUGACGUCAAGAUCGAGACGAAGGAGGAGGCCAAGGUCGAAUCCAAGUCAAAGCUGCAGCGAGGUGAAGACGGCAAAGCAGUGGGCAAACAUGUGACGCCGUAUGCGAAGUGGUUCAAAGUUGUUCAAUGUGCAGGUGAUGAAGAUUGUUUCUAUAUCGCCGCAGGCCGUGGCCUGCAUCAUGUCUCUCCGAGCGGGCGGGUACCGCCCGUCAACGCCUUCGAGCCGAAGGGCCCGAUCCAGGGCCACCUGCGUAUGCUAGUACAGAGGGCUGGGCUGAAGAAGGUGUUCGGGACGACGAAGCUGCAAGCGGAGCACCACGGCACGACGGGGAACCCAGCGGGAGCCCUGGCGGUGAGGUUGCUAGCGCACGAGGCGAAGACGGACAUUUAUAUUUGGGCAAAAGAUGCGAAUGGAAAGUGGAUAUUGUACGGACGGGAGCCGAACUCCAAGAUGAAGAAGAAGGAGAUCUGGUUGACCCUGGAGGACCAGCACUACCAGUGGCUGGAGCCGCGAGCGGACAUCCAAGACCUGCCUGAGUAUCAGAACACGUUACGUUUGUGGCGUGAUCAGGCCUUCCCGUAUCCCCAGCAUGGUUUGCAAGGGAGUGGCGAGGAGGAUGACGACGAUGCAGAUAUGUUAUCUUUGCUUGGUCUGCGCAGUACACCGACAGCACAUACGGGUGCCAUUGCGAGUAUCCUGGGACUGGACGAGCGCGCGGACGAGAUGCGUAGUAUUCUGGGCUCGGAAUCUGGUGGAGCUGAGGCUUUAGCGGAGGAAGCUGCAGGAGACGAAGAUGAGGCAUUCAAACAGUUUUGGUCUUGGCAAACUGGUGAAUAUUAUAAAUGUGACAAGUGUGGUUGGACGCCCGACACGUCCGGCAGAGUGAUGAUGGGCAAGCGCAAGUACAACUCGUUGCUCAGCGUGCAGGCGGACAGGCACUGGAGGAAGUGCCAGGGCAAGCCCGCGCCGAAGAUCGGGAAGAUCGUGCACUCUCACAUCUCCCAGUUUCUCGCCAACUCCGCCAGGAUUCGCGAGAAUGCACGCCAGCGUGGGUUUGCCAAGCAUUUGUUGUGGAAGGCGAAGCUACCUAUCAGUAUUCAAGAGGCAGUGUGCGAGUAUGACCCUCGUACGGUGUUGACGAUUCCGAACUCGGUGAAGAACUACACAGCUUACAAAUGUACUCGGUGUGGUAUCCAGAGGGCGCUUGGACAGGCGCCUUGGAAUAUAUGCAGUGGGAGGCACAACAAAGUUACGCGGAAGCAGUUCUUGACAAGUACGGUCGGAGUAUCACGUAUGCGGCAUUUCUUUGAGGUGGAGCAGAAGCGUAUCCAGAAGAAGAAGGUCAACUUCGGACCCGACAAGCGUGAGAAGAGGAGGAAGUAUUGGGCCGAGUAUUCCAAGCGGCCUGAGCACAAAGAAAGGAAGCGGAUCCAGAACCAGAAGCUGGACAAGAGGAGGCUGAGGAGUGGCUCCGAGCGUGAGCGCUACCUGAUCCAGAAGCGCAAGCGCAGGAAGGAGGCCUGGAAGAAGAAGGCACCGGUGGAGAGCGGCCAGAUGCGGAUGGCCACGAUCAACGUCACAGCCCUGAACGCCGCCAGGCUGGAGGAGCUGCUCACGCACGAUGACUUGAAGGAGGUGGACUUCCUGGCCUUGCAGGAG